AUGAGCAUUCCCUUACCAGUAAGUGGAAGUCUUUAUUACCGCCGUGAUCUUGACCACUCACAGCACGCUAUCCCAGUCUCGGAUAAUAUUAUUUAUCUCCUUACCGAUUAUAUAAAGUUAGCGCCUUAUCUCGACGUUCUAUUAACCUACCGUAUAUCUCGCCCGACUCUUCGCUACCCGGACGUUUUACCUAAUAAUAUACUAAUCAAUACCUCUAACGACGUGGGCGAUCCCCUCUCCGAGACUUUAUCUAAGCCGGAGGUUAAAUUACCAGAAAAUUUUGACCAACUCGGCCACGAAGAAUAA